GUUUAUUUAGAUGACGACGUCAGCGUGAAUGUGAACAACUCCGUCAAUGUUCUUGUUUGCGCCUACUGGGAGUUGCUCUUGAUGGAACACUGCUCUGCUGGACUACUGAUAUUCUUCAAAUAUCUAUCCCCACAGUGUCUCUGGCAGAUCACCAACACCAAAUAAUCCACUGGUAGUAGAGUACUCGAGUAAGGUAAGUCUUGCAGGCCAUUGUGAGUAGGCGCAGAGAGCUAUUCUAACAGGUGCAACAUGACUUAGGAGGAUUCGAGAUUCCAUCGCCACAUCUACUCCGCACUUCGUGCUUCACACUUCACCCUUCACACUUUAAAGUAUUCUGCGGAGAGCAGAUCGCAUCUCGCAUCACAAUCAUGGCUUUAAUCCAAACAGCCUUCAUCUGGGUCGCGUACGCCGUCGCAGUCGGCCUCGUAGCCCUCAUUGCCGCUAUCUUUGCCUACACAUACCAAACCCCGCGGGACCGCUCGGCGUUGGUGUUAACGAUCACCAUUAUCACCCUCACUUCUCUCCUGGCAACCGUGCUUCUGCUUCCGGUUGACAUCGCAUUGGUCAGCUCGACGACUUCUACCAAACUUGGCAGAAAGAAGGAUUGGGCAACUCCGGAGUCGGUGGAAAACAUCCUUUACACGCUCAAGAUUGUCUACUAUUCCCUGUAUAGCUUGGACGCCGUUCUCUGUUUGUUGGUAGUGCCAUUUACCUACUUUUACUACGAAGAAUACGACGAGGUAGAUGUGGAAGAAGGAAACCAGACCAUCGCGCAAAAGGCUUUCGGCGCGCUCAAGUAUACCUUGGCAUUUGUUGUGCUGGUUGUGAUCCUCUUCCUGGUUGGUUUCUUUGUACCAGUGGCAAGAGAUCGCAGUGGAGCGCACAUGGACUUGGAUUACUUCAAGCGUCUAUUGUCUGAAAAUCGUGGUGAGAGAGCCUUAACCUUCGCCCUUGGUUUGCUUAUCUGUCUGGGAACUCUUCUUUAUAUUUUAUAUACUGCCGUUGGUUUGGCACUGCUCCCUAUCUCCUUUAUCAAAUCCGCACCUUCCAUCAGCGCUCCUCAACUAUCCGAGACGACUGCUUCCGCUUUAGAGCAGAAUCGCGAGAGACAGCGCCAGCUGGAAGGACGAAAUGCUGGACGAGAUGGCGGUAUGCCUGCAAAGGAUCAACGAGAACUUGAGUCUUUGAUCCGCGAAGAGCGCACUCUGGUUCGCCGAGAGCGACUAGCUUUAGAGGCUCGAGGUGAUGGAAAGAGUUUUAUUGUCAAGGCUUGGACCAAAACUUGUGCGAUCUUCCGGCCUCUAAAGCUAAUUGGAGGCAUUCUCCUCUUGUUGCUUGCAAUUGUGAUUUGGUUAUCUAUGUUGAUUACUGGAAUUGACAAAGCCAAGAACUCAAUCUGCAAGCAACAUUGUGGUUAUGUUCUUGGAAGGUAGGUCUGAGCGAAUCUCUGUGCUACUAUAAAACUAAUUUGACUCUAGCAUUAAUGUGUUCCAACCCAUCAAUUACAUCUUUGUUCAAGCUUCACGCGUCUUCCCAGUUGAUUAUGUAUUGAUGGCUCUUUUGGUGCUUUUCCUUUUCAGUAGUUCUGUGGCAGGUAUUGCUGCUGUUGGUAUCCGAUUUCUCUGGAUUCGCCUUUUCGAGAUUCGCAAGGGUCACACUUCGCCCCAGGCUCUACUCAUGGCAACUGUCAUGUUGACCUUGAUUAUGCUUGCGAUCAAUUACUCGCUUGCAAUGAUUGUCGCUCCGCAGUACGCUAUUUACGGUGCUCAGACUUUUUGCAGCAACCCUACAAGACAUCCAGGCGACCAGCCAGACUGCUCGAAUCACCCUGAACUUGUAACUUCUUGUUCAGAGCUAUCAUCGGACAAAGGAUCGAAAAAUGUAUGCACGCCAACCGUUGUCUCCACAUUCCUCAAUCGGGUCACUUUCAACUUUCCAGUCCUUGGGGCUUUGGCGUUCUGGGCCCAAUUCGCUUUCCUCACCAUAUUCCUCGUGGUCUUUGUCACAUCAUUAUUCAGAGCCCCAAAAUUGGAUCUCAGCCAGCUUGACCAAGAUGCAGAAGCGGAUGAAGAGGAAGGUCUUCUCGCCAGUACUGGGAGAAGAUUUGGAGCUACUUGGCAGGAUAUCAGAGGAAAGGCCAAGAAGCCAUCAGGGUCUUCUGGACGUGGUAUCCGUGGUGAUGACGACCAUGUCGAUCAGGAUUGAAUUGUAACAACAUGGUAUUCUUCCGACAACGUUCACCAGUAUCUGGAUUGGGGCUGUGUUUUUGGGAGGCUUUUGUGGUUUGGGGAGUUAUGACGAGCAGGCGUUACAAAAGUAAUAGGUAACAUAUGAGGAAUGGUUGGGUAAUACAAGUUUUCAGAUUUCCGAUAGCAAAUUGAUUUCUCUUACUGUCCCCUCAAAGUUGAUUCAAGUCGUUGCCUGGCGGAGGAUUUAUCAUAUUUGGUCCAUAACGAAUAGCUGAAUUGAUGGCUUACAACUCUAUAGUAUCAUACCACAUCAUGA